AUGUAUCGAUGCAGUCCCGCCACUCGGCGGCUGCUCACCGCCCCCCACGCACGCAACACCCCCCCCCUUCGCCUGCUGCCCAGCCUCGCCCGCACCCAGCCGUACUCCAGCAAUGCCGGCAGCGGUGACGGGCCCGGCUUCACCCGCCGCACGCGCUUCAUCGGCCUCGCCGUGGCCGGCGGCGCCCUCCUGUGGUACGUCUCGCGCAAGCGGCGCGUCGCCGUGGCCGAGCGCCACCGUCAACGCGGCCGCCGCGACAACGAGCUGCCCGAGGUCUCCGGCGCCGACGCGGACGGGCCGCCCGGGUCGCCGGUGAAGGUGGUGGACUGGGCGGAGGUGGCGGGUCGGAUCCGUCAGCAGGCAACGUCAUUCCGGUUUGACGGCCACGGAGGCGCGAGGGGACGCAUCGACGCGGUGCGCUUCGAGAGCAACUGCCCGACCGAGGACCGGUGGGCGGUGGGCGUCGGCGAGGGCGUCGGGGGCGCCAAGACGGUCUACGCGGGUAUUUAUGAUGGACACGCCGGCUGGGCCUGCGCCGAGGUGCUCCGCAACAAGCUCAUCCCGUACGUGUCGGCGAUGCUGGCCCCGCUCGCGCCCGACGCCGCCGGCGACGCCGUCGACACGGCCAUCCAGCAGGCCUUCUGCCGUCUCGACGACCAGAUCAUGGCCGCCGGCCGCGCCGCCGUCACCGACACCACCUCCCCCGUCGACGCGGCCGCCAUGUCCGCGCUCGCACCCGCCAUCGCCGGCUCCUGCGCGCUCAUGGCCGUCUACGACACGCAGACCUCCACGCUCCGCACCGCCGUGACCGGCGACUCCCGCGCCGUACUCGGUUCCUGGUCGUCCGCCACCGGCACGCACGCGGCCAGCGCGCUGUCCGCGGACCAGACGGGCUUCAACGCGGACGAGGUGGCGCGGCUGGACGCGGCGCACCCCGGCGAGAAGAGCGCCAUCCUGGACGACAAGACGGGGCGGCUGAUGGGGCUGGCGGUGACGCGCGCGUUUGGCGAUCAUCGGUGGAAGUACGAGCAGGCGCUGGUGGAGCGGCUGCAGAAGCGGUUCGCCGGGUACGCGCCGCGCAAGGCCAGCGCGACGCCGCCGUACCUGACGGCGCGGCCGGAGGUGACGACGACGCGCGGGGUCAAGGGGGAGGACUUCGUGGUGAUGGCGUCGGACGGGCUGUGGGACGUGAUUUCCAACGAGGACGCGGUGGCGUGCGUGGCGCAGUGGCUGCAGGCGCGGAAGGGGAGGAAGGGGAACAAGGGAGGGCAGGUGGUGAGGGAGGCGAACUGGAAGUAUGAUGAGGAGGGGUGGGCGAGCUACAAGGCGACGCCGGAGUACUUUGCGGUUGGGGAGGACUUGGAUAAUGCGGCGGUGUGUUUGUUGAGGAACGCGCUGGGAGGGACGAGGAGGAGCAUCGUGCAGGGGCUGGUGACGACGACGACGCCGUUGAGUCGAAGCGUGCGCGAUGACAUUACCAUUCAGGUCAUCUUCUUCAAGGAUCCGUACGAGUGA